AUGCCGAUGCGGCCCCGGGGGCCGAAGACUCCUCGGGCAGUCGAACGCCCGUUUACGAUGACGGAGGCCGACAUGGCUGCCGUGGCGAUUGAGAAGCGUCAGGCCGGACAGAAGGCCCCGGUCGAAUGCGUGUGGGUCGAGAAUGCUACAACCUGCGAGAGGUGCGCGCAAUUCCAGCAGGGAUGCUACUUCGACAAGGUGUCUGUGCUUGGGAAGACAAAGAAAACGCGUGGCGGGGGAUCAACCACAAAGAAGCGCAUUCGGCCGACCUCUCCUGGGCCUUCGGUUGCGGAUUCGAGUGGCUUGAAGAAGCGUCGCGUCGAAGAGCCUCCGCGCCCCCUGUUACGACUGCCUCUUGAUGGGGCCAGCCGCCUUGGCCUCGAACAGGACAACCUCAACGUGCUUGACCUCGACGCGCUCGACCUUGACAACGAGUCUUGGGGGAUCAUUCGCGUCAUCCGUGAGGAGCGCGCUCACAUCGCUCGCCGUCGAGCACUCCUCCAUGACAUGGACCUCGACCUCCAAAAGAUGGAGAAGGCUGCGCUCGCAAAAGGAGGAAUCGGUUUUGUGCGCGGGGCUGUCGACGAUAACUAUGCGAUGGCACACGUCAUUUUGUAUCGUAGUUGCAAUCAUGUCAUAAAAUAUCGCGUCGAUAGUCGAAUCAAAAAUGUGGCCCUUGGCCUAGACAAAACCUAG